AUGUCGUCGUCCUCCUCCUCCACUGCGGCGGCAGAGAACGACAAAUAUGAGGUGCUGGAGAGGAUUGGAAGUGGCUCCUUUGGAGUCAUCCGCAAGGUCAAGCGCAAGUCAGAUGGAUUUAUUCUCUGCCGGAAGGAAAUCAACUACAUCAAGAUGUCCCAGAAAGAACGGGAACAGCUCACGGCCGAAUUCAAUAUCCUGAGUUCCCUGAGACACCCCAACAUCGUCGCCUACUACCACCGAGAACACCUCAAGGCCACGCAAGACCUGUAUCUCUACAUGGAAUACUGCGGGGGCGGUGACCUGGGCAUGGUCAUCAAGAACCUCAAGGCCACGAACAAAUAUGCGGAAGAGGAGUUUGUUUGGCGUGUUCUGUCCCAAUUGGUGACCGCUCUGUAUCGCUGCCACUAUGGAGUCGACCCUCCACCUGUGGGAUCGAACAUCCUGGGACCGGUCCCAAAGCAACAGGGUCUCAAGGGGAAGCAGGCGCAGGUCAUGAUCUUGCAUCGCGAUCUCAAGCCGGAAAAUAUCUUCCUGGGAAGUGAUAACACUGUCAAGCUGGGUGACUUUGGGCUGUCCAAAUUGAUGCAAUCCCACGACUUUGCGUCCACGUAUGUCGGCACUCCUUUCUACAUGUCUCCCGAGAUCUGUGCGGCCGAAAAGUAUACCCUGCACUCGGAUAUCUGGGCCGUGGGUUGCAUCAUGUAUGAGCUUUGCCAGAAGCAGCCACCUUUCAACGCAAAGACCCAUAUUCAGUUGGUGCAGAAGAUCCGGGAGGGCAAGUUCGCACCACUGCCAGACUUCUACUCCUCCGAGUUGAAGAACGUCAUUGCAAGCUGCCUACGUGUCAACCCUGAGCACCGCCCGGACACGGCUGCCCUGCUGAAUCUUCCUAUCAUUCGAUUGAUGCGAAAGGAGAGGGAGCUUCUCGAUCAAGAGAAGAAUUUGAAGAAACGUGAAGAGGCAGUGACCCAAAAGGCGAAGGAACUGGAGCAGAAGUUGGCCAAUUUCGAAAAGGAAAAGGCUGAAGCCCGAAAUGAGAUCGAGAACACCGUUCGCCGAGAAUGGGAAGUUAAGGCGCGGCUGGAAAUUGAUCGUCAAGUUCAGAUGGAACUUGACAGGCUUCGCAAGCGAUUCGAACUGGAGGUACAAGAAAGAGUUGCCGCGGAGUUGGAGAAACUGAACAAGAACGCUGGCAUCCAGCAAAAUCAGGACUAUGCCUCUAUGGUUCCUCAGCAUGGAGCCUCAGCGUCUUCAGCCAGUGCCGGCGAGGACUCGGAUUUCCCCUCGACCACUGAUUUGAGUGAACUAUCCUUGGAUUCGCCUUCCUCCAACAAGAAUAAGCCCGGCAAGAAAGAGACCCGGACUCCUUUCAGUCGUGCCAAGACCGCGAUCGACUCGCCGGUUGAUGUCCAGAUGGCCGAACCCUCCCCGAUCUCGAUAGCGUCCCUAUCUCUGUCUCCGCGUCGUACUGGCACGCUCUCUUCUGCUUCUAAGAACAUCUUCGCGGAGGAAAGGCCGAAAUGGGAGCCGACGAUGGCGUGCUCGGAUGAUGACGAGGAUAUUCCUGAUCUGCCAUCGCCUACUCGGCCCAAAGUGAAGCCUGAUCCCUUCAAGGCCCCCAGACGUCCUCUGCUUCGGCAGAAUACCGCGGCGAUGAUGCAGAAAUUAAGCAACCAGCCUUCGCUCUUUCCAACGGGAACCUCCCGGCUUCCUCAUCCGGGCUCGAUGAACUCAGGGCCGUCCCAGCCUGAAGGGCGUCAAGCCGUUGGCGAGACAAAGCCCAGGUCGCCCAACCGGCGGUUGUCCAAGAUCCCAUCCUCGACCAACCUUGCUGCCGAUGCAAACUCCCCCACGCGGAAAAAUGGAACCAAGCAGCUUAGCUCUAAAGCCAAUGGUGGUGGUGAAGAAAUGUUCAAGGCUGUUAUGCAACGCAAUAUGGGAGGUCGCACCCUGGUCGAACUUGCCCAGGCCAGGGCUGGUGGUCGUCCCAUCGAUGAUACGAAACGCAUUUCGAGUGAUUCGAAUGUUAACGCUGGAGGUCGCCCCUCGAAUGCCAGCGACCGAGACCCUCCUGCUACCUGGGAUCCCGAGACGGAGGAAAUGCCCAGCCCUUUCCUAACUCGAGGCAACAAGGUCAUCCGGAAUUUGAGAUAG